CCGGCUGUUAGUGCUGUGUGAGUGCGUGUGUGCUCCUGAGCUUGCCUCGGCACACAUUAUAUAAAAAAUAUAAAAAACAAAAAAAAAUUUAAAAAACUUAAAAACUCUAAAAAAUCAUUUUUCUUUUUUUUGUAAUAAAAUCGGUGAAGCAGGAUCGACCAGACGGAUUCGACUCGGUACAUCACAGGAGGAAAACUAACGACAUUUUGAACCGACGUAUUGCUCACGAGCGAGGCCUAAAGUUAGCAAGCUUAAUUUGUUGGUUUUUCGAUUGCGUCUCGUUUAAUAAACACAAAUUGUAGGGUCUUACUUUGCUAUUUUAUGCGGAAAAGCGUCUCUGUCCUUUCCUAGGGGAUUUUUAAAACAUUCGAGUAUUUUAAAUUUUCGUCGUUUAUUUUUUUUCGGACAAAUUUAAAAUUAGUCCACUUAAACGUGAGGCUAAUAGAACCCGGCAAAGUCCAGAGUAUUUAGCUAAGAACUGCGAGAUAAUUCGCGUAACACCAGUCAACUUUACGACCUCCGCUUGUGACCAGUAGAAAAAAUGAAUCCUAGUGCUCCUAGUUACCCGAUGGCCUCACUGUACGUCGGGGAUCUUCAUCAAGAUGUGACCGAGGCCAUGCUGUAUGAAAAAUUCAGCCCCGCCGGAGCCAUCCUGUCUAUCCGUGUCUGCAGGGACAUGAUCACUCGACGCUCCCUCGGCUAUGCCUACGUCAACUUCCAACAACCGGCCGACGCUGAGCGAGCUUUGGACACCAUGAACUUCGAUGUGAUCAAGGGCAGACCUGUCCGCAUUAUGUGGUCUCAACGUGAUCCAUCCUUGAGGAAGAGCGGAGUUGGCAACAUCUUCAUCAAGAACUUGGACAAGUCCAUUGACAACAAGGCCCUUUACGAUACCUUUUCUGCUUUUGGCAACAUCCUGUCAUGCAAGGUGGUUUGUGAUGAGAAUGGUUCAAAGGGUUACGGCUUUGUGCACUUUGAAACCCAGGAAGCAGCAGAAAGGGCCAUUGAGAAAAUGAAUGGCAUGUUGCUGAAUGACAGAAAAGUGUUUGUGGGCCGCUUCAAGUCUCGCAAAGAGCGCGAGGCAGAGCUUGGAGCCAGAGCCAAAGAGUUCACAAACGUCUACAUCAAGAACUUUGGCGAGGAUAUGGACGAUGAGAAACUGAAGGAGAUCUUCAGCAAGUAUGGCAAUGCUAUGAGUAUCCGUGUGAUGACUGAUGAUAGCGGCAAAUCCAGAGGCUUUGGUUUUGUCAGCUUUGAGAGGCACGAAGAUGCCCAAAAGGCAGUCGAUGAGAUGAAUGGGAAAGAGCUGAAUGGGAAGCUGAUCUAUGUCGGUCGUGCGCAGAAGAAGGUCGAGCGCCAGACCGAGCUCAAACGCAAGUUUGAGCAGAUGAAGCAGGACCGCAUGACCCGUUACCAGGGUGUCAAUCUGUACGUGAAGAACCUGGAUGACGGCAUAGAUGACGAACGGCUGCGUAAGGAGUUCUCCCCGUUCGGUACCAUCACCAGUGCUAAGGUUAUGAUGGAGGGCGGUCGCAGCAAGGGCUUUGGUUUUGUUUGCUUUUCGUCUCCGGAGGAGGCCACCAAGGCAGUGACGGAGAUGAACGGUCGCAUCGUGGCCACUAAACCCUUGUAUGUAGCCCUGGCCCAACGCAAGGAAGAACGCCAGGCUCACCUCACCAACCAGUACAUGCAGAGGAUGGCCAGUGUCAGGGCUGUGCCAAAUCCUGUCAUCAACCCCUACCAACCAGCACCCCCCUCUGGAUUCUAUAUGGCUGCCAUUCCUCAGGCCCAGAACAGGGCUGCGUACUAUCCUACCAGCCAGCUGGCUCAGCUCCGACCUGGACCCCGUUGGGCUACCCAGGGAGUCAGGCCUCAGCACUUCCAGAACAUGCCGGGCACCAUGAGAGCUUCUGCUCCCAGACCUCAGACCUUCGGUGCCAUGAGACCCACUUCCCAGGUGCCACGUGUGAUGUCCACCCAGCGUGUCCCAGCACAGACCAUGGGCCCUCGUCCAACCACUGCGGCUGCUGCAGCGGCUGCUCCAGUACGCAGCGUGCCCCAGUACAAGUACGCUGCUGGAGUGCGCAAUCCACAGCAGCACAUGAACACACAGCCACAGGUCACCAUGCAACAGCCUGCUGUGCAUGUACAAGGCCAGGAACCUCUGACUGCCUCCAUGCUGGCUGCAGCUCCUCCACAGGAGCAGAAGCAGAUGCUGGGUGAGCGCCUCUUCCCACUCAUCCAGAAUAUGCAUCCCAGCUUGGCAGGAAAGAUCACCGGAAUGCUGUUGGAGAUCGACAACUCCGAGCUGCUGCAUAUGCUCGAAUCUCCAGAGUCCCUCCGCUCCAAGGUUGAUGAAGCUGUUGCUGUGCUCCAGGCUCACCAGGCUAAAGAGGCAGCACAGAAGACUGUGACCAACUCUGCUGGUGUGCCAAGUGUCUAAGCCAAGGGAUGGGGAACCUUGAAAAACUUGCUUCACCGAGGAAAAAAAAAUCUAAACAAUGAAAAAAUGAAAACACACAAAACAUCGCAAAAAGAUCUAAAACAAUAUUUAAAAAAAAAAAAGGAAAAGGAAACUUGUUGCUGCCAGGUCUAGAGAAGCAAAUGCUAGGCCUAGUCAAAUUAUUUUUAAAAAUCAAUAAAAAAAAAAAGGAAAACAAAAAAAUAAAAAAUGGAAAAUCUGGGGUUUUAAAAAAAUGUUCCACAAAAUAGGGCAAAAUAACCCUAAAGCAUUCCUUCCUCCUUCCUUGUUUUAUUCCUUUUACUUUUUGUGUAAGCCUGGUACAUGUCCUAGUGGAGUAGAGGUUGAGGACCGAUGAAACCGGCAUUGUGAAAUUUAUCUUGAAUUGAAAACUUGCUUGCUCAAAUAAAAAAUUCAUUAAAACACCA